GCUGCCCACCAACGCACUGGAGAAAUAAAUGAAUUUGUCUGCAUUGCCUCUGCUGUCUUUGUUUUACCUGUCGUCAGGUAUAUUAUUUACAUUUGUGCUGCUCCCUAGGAUAUUUGUCACACUGCUCUACCACAUGCUUUUCUACAGACUAAUGACAUCUGUAAACAGAAUAUAGAUUUGCAUUUGUGUCUUCGGUGCAAUUGUAGAUGCUUCUGUUACUUGAUUGAGGAGAAUUAAUGUGACACAUGCAAUUGUUUUCAUCCUAUUGGCAUCAGAAUAUAUGUAUCUGUGUUAAAUAAAGUAGAUCUGAAGGAACGACGUAGUGGAAUUUAAAUUCUUUCUCACAGCAAUGCCAUAAUAAAAAGUUUGACAGAUUCUGACUGAUGCCUCAUUUUAUAAUCUGUAUUAAACAGGGUGUGGAAAAUAUGACACUAACAAUUUGUGUCCUUUUAUUGACACUCUUAAUAUGACAAAAUGGAUACAGAGUGGCUUAGAGAGAUAAGAAAAAGAACAUGCUAUCAGGAAAUUCCUACUAGUUCAGAAAUUUAAAAUUUUUGCUCUGAAAAGCAGAAAUGGGACACUACAUAAGCAUUGCUGCCCACCAACGCACUGGAGAAAUAAAUGAAUUUGUCUGCAUUGCCUCUGCUGUCUUUGUUUUACCUGUCGUCAGGUAUAUUAUUUACAUUUGUGCUGCUCCCUAGGAUAUUUGUCACACUGCUCUACCACAUGCUUUUCUACAGACUAAUGACAUCUGUAAACAGAAUAUAGAUUUGCAUUUGUGUCUUCGGUGCAAUUGUAGAUGCUUCUGUUACUUGAUUGAGGAGAAUUAAUGUGACACAUGCAAUUGUUUUCAUCCUAUUGGCAUCAGAAUAUAUGUAUCUGUGUUAAAUAAAGUAGGUCUGAAGGAACGACGUAGUGGAAUUUAAAUUCUUUCUCACAGCAAUGCCAUAAUAAAAAGUUUGACAGAUUCUGACUGAUGCCUCAUUUUAUAAUCUGUAUUAAACAGGGUGUGGAAAAUAUGACACUAACAAUUUGUGUCCUUUUAUUGACACUCUUAAUAUGACAAAAUGGAUACAGAGUGGCUCAGAGAGAUAAGAAAAAGAACAUGCUAUCAGGAAAUUCCUACUAGUUCAGAAAUUUAAAAUUUUUGCUCUGAAAAGCAGAAAUGGGACACUACAUAAGCAUUGCUGCCCACCAACGCACUGGAGAAAUAAAUGAAUUUGUCUGCAUUGCCUCUGCUGUCUUUGUUUUACCUGUCGUCAGGUAUAUUAUUUACAUUUGUGCUGCUCCCUAGGAUAUUUGUCACACUGCUCUACCACAUGCUUUUCUACAGACUAAUGACAUCUGUAAACAGAAUAUAGAUUUGCAUUUGUGUCUUCGGUGCAAUUGUAGAUGCUUCUGUUACUUGAUUGAGGAGAAUUAAUGUGACACAUGCAAUUGUUUUCAUCCUAUUGGCAUCAGAAUAUAUGUAUCUGUGUUAAAUAAAGUAGGUCUGAAGGAACGACGUAGUGGAAUUUAAAUUCUUUCUCACAGCAAUGCCAUAAUAAAAAGUUUGACAGAUUCUGACUGAUGCCUCAUUUUAUAAUCUGUAUUAAACAGGGUGUGGAAAAUAUGACACUAACAAUUUGUGUCCUUUUAUUGACACUCUUAAUAUGACAAAAUGGAUACAGAGUGGCUCAGAGAGAUAAGAAAAAGAACAUGCUAUCAGGAAAUUCCUACUAGUUCAGAAAUUUAAAAUUUUUGCUCUGAAAAGCAGAAAUGGGACACUACAUAAGCAUUUAAAAAAAGAAUGUUUCCACGUGGGGUUUUCCACAAGACAUACAUGUUUUAUCAGAAGUAAAUGGUAAGUAAAGAAUAACACAUUUAUGAAAAAAGAAGGCUGUGCCAUGACAUUACAGCACUGCAAUUAGAAACAUCUGCAUUCCACCGGAGAGGAAGAGAAAAGUAUUAGUCACUUUGUACCAGACAAUAAGCAGAUCUCAAAGCUGUUCCUUUGCAAACAUUGCAAUUAGAAGUGUUUGUAUUCCACCUGAGAGGAAGAGAAAAUUAUUAAGUCACUUUGUACCAGCCAAGAAGCAGAUCUCAAAGCUACCAGCUCAACCUUAAUUUCCAGACCUCCUCUUCUGAUAAGGUGUAGUGAUGGGAAACUGUAUAAACAAUAUCAACAGUACUGAAAAUAAAGUCGUUAUUAAUGCUGCUGAACUGGAUUUUCUGCUAAACAGUUCUUAUAGUAGUCCUGACUACAAUAUUUCCGAGUACGAUACAGAUGUGGACUUUAAAAGUGUGGCACCUUGCAAUCGACAGAUCUGCACCAAGCUAAUAACACUGUUCAUGGUACUUCUUGGUGUUUCUUCUUUUCUUGGCAUCACUGGAAACUGUGCAGUGUUUUACUCCAUUCUAAGAAAACAGAAAUUUCUGAGGCCUGAAGUUACUUUUUUGUUUCAGUUCACUCUUGCAAACCUCAUGUUUGCUCUAACACUUCCAUUUUUUACAGCAUAUGCUAGCAGCGGAUGGCAGAUUGGGAACACGGCAUGCAAAUUUAUUCAGGGCACACAUCAAGCAGUUAUUAGUGCUGCUGGCAUCACUAUGGCUUUACUGGCCAGUGCGUACUGUUUCCCAGAGCAGAUGAAGAAGAAAGCAGUGCUUAUUCUGGUAAUCUGUUCCACAUGGGGGAUUGCUCUGCUGUUGUUAGUGCUGGCAUCUAAAGCAUAUGGGGUACCUGAAACAUAUGGACAGCUUUGUAUUCUACUCCGCAGCCCUGAUUUGCAGCUUCUACAUUCAGUCAAUGUCACCUCUCGCAUGUUCACCUCGUCACUUGUUCCUUUUUUCUCAGCAGCUUUUCUGUUCUGGUAUGCCAUUCACAAGAUCCAAGACCCACUACUGAAAAGGCAAGCUAGAUUUUUUGCCUGUCUCAUGGUAAUUUUUGCUGUCCUUUGGACCCCAUUCAAUGUUUUAUCAUUCAUAUCUUUACAGAAUACUGUCUCAGACUGUGCUCAACAGAAACUAGUGAACUUAGUUCUGGAGGUCACCAGGAGCAUUAGCAUAUUAUACUGUUGUGUGACCCCUGCCCUGAUCUUAAUAAUGAACUUGCAUGUUCGGUUAUACUCAGACCAGAAAAAUUGAAAUAGCUUUGGCCUGUAAAUCUAAGUUCACAUUUUGUUUGCAUAACUACUCUAUGGCAACAUGUAAUUCUACUAAGUAGUUAAACUGUAAAAAGUGCCUUCUUUUUAUAUGGGUGUCUCAACACUUGCACGUGUACAAGAAUAGCUAAAAAUAUUCAUUGUUUAGUAUUUCUUGGUAAAGCCACAUAUGCAAAUAGCUUGUCAGAUUUUAGUUAAACAUAUAGUCUCUUCAUUUCCUUAUCAAUUUUUGUUUAAAAUUUUCAAGGGUCCCUGCAUUUCGUUUCUUUUGUUUGUAAUGUAAGCUUGAUUUUAGUUACCACUUUCUCUGUGUAUAAUCGCAGUCUAACACAUUUUUUAAGGCAAUAGUAAUUGUUGUGAUUCUGGUCAGAUCUACCUAGUUAAAUGUGUGUAUCUUUCAAAGCUUCAUGUGGACAUGUCGGAUAUUCCUUUAAGCUUCUGUACUGUACACUGAAUGGAUUUAUUGUUUAAUAAAAAUCUGGAUUUUGUAAAUGCA